AUGGGCUCCUUCAACAACCCAAAUCCCUCGGAACUUAACAGAUUACUGAUGGAUCGAAAAACUAUGAGCGAAAGUUUUUCGAUGGAUCCGGCACGCAGCGCGUUUUUGAGUGGAAGAGAAACUGUGGCAAGCACCAGCGGUGGGGUUGUACCAAGUACUAUCGGGGCUAGUGGUAGUGCUAGCACUUUCACUACUACUAACACCGGGAGCAAUUUAACAGAAUUCACAAAACGAAAAAACUGGUCACAACGAAUAAUCGAAGAACUUAAAGAUUUCCUGCAUGUAAUUUCACCCAUCGGAAAAUUAAUGUACUGUUCUCCCUCGUCACAAGAGCUGGUUGGCUAUUCACCCGAAGAAUUAGUUGGUCGAAGCAUUAAAGAUUUUAUUCACGUUGAUGAUGUCGACAUGUUUGUUCGUGAUUUUAAUACGGCAAUUAAUCAAAAAAGUAGUUUCACAUUGUAUUAUCGUUUUCGUAAAAAAGAUGACAAAUUUAUUAUUCUGGAGGUGAAUGGCCAUCCGUACUUUGGUGAUAACAACCCCACCGUGAAUAGCACAUGUCGUUGCUUUUUUAGCAUGGGUAGAGUAUAUCCUUCAAAAACGACUGCGAUGCUUGAUUCCUUUUUAGAAUUGAAAGUGGAAAAUGAAAAUCUGAGGCGUCAACUUCGUGACCUAGUGGGUCCCCCGGAGCCUCAAUCUGCCGAAGCAAGUACCUCUGCUGCCGCGACGAUCGGCGGUAGCGGACCGGCUGACCGGACAGUUGAAGAUAUUAUAAAUGAAACAAGUAAUCCGCUGGAAUUAUUGACCGGCUUACGAUAUCAGGAGGACGAAAAAAGCAUAGCAGUAGGAGGAGGAAUUGGUAUUAGUGGAACAGGUGAGCCAAGAUCUGGCAACGAACCUUCUUCCCAAUCAUCCACUUCUGCUCCUGCUCCAAGACCAAGGAAAAAGCAGAAAAAGCCAAAGGUCGAAGAAGAAGAAUAUGUCUGUACGGAUUGUGGAACUGUUGAAUCGCCUGAAUGGCGUAAAGGUCCAUUAGGUCCAAAAACGCUAUGUAAUGCGUGCGGGCUUCGAUGGGCGAAAAAAGCGAAGCGGCAGGCAAGUGGGACUAGCGUCGCCGGAGGAAACAAUGGUGGCGGGAGCGGCGUUGGUGGUCCUGGCCUACCACCUUCCGGAGUGGAUAUGUCAGGUGCUGGUGAUUAA